UAUUUUCAUACGUGUAAAAACAAGGCAUGUGAACUGGCCUAUCAUCCCAAAAGUUCUCAUAUAUAAAUAUAUUUUGUGUAAUAUGAUGGAAUUUAUAAUAAGUACAAGUUAUACAUUUAAGGCAUAGUGAUAAAUGAAAAUCUAACUGCUGAAAAAAUAAUUUAUAAGUCUGAGAAAAAUAGUAACAUAUCCGUCCCAAGCUACGUAAUUAGCCUCUGCAUUUGGCUAGUGAUAAGAAGGGCAGCGGGAGGUGCAGAGAUACACUGCCAGAGCGUCCUGUGAUGAUGAGGGUGAUGCUCAUUGAUCUCGUGAAUGUGUUGAAGGGGCGAGUGAUGAGGAGAGGGAGGGGAGACUUGCUGAAGUGAUCAUCUAUAGGACACCGCUUUAUAUUACAAUUUAUACACGUCCAGUAACUCUAAGAGAGAAAAAAGUUAGUUUUAUUUAGAUUUUAUGGUAGUGAAUAUAGUUAUGGACAAUUUUAGUGCCUUUAUGUGGUUAUUUGAAAAUAUUAAAUGAUACACGUUGAUAUGACAACUGACAUCGGUCCUUAUGGCAUCAUCGGCAGAGGUUGACGAUCUUUACAAGACUUUCUGGAAGAAUCCGAAGUCGGCGGCGGCGGCGAUCUGACCAGAGUCACGUGGAUGACACCACCUUCCUAGAGCUGUCACAUGACCACACACGUCUCCAGGACCACAACCACCAACAGCAACACCACAACCACUAUCAGCAACACAACCACGUAAACUACGCUCUCCAACAUCACCACCACAACGGUAUCCACACACUAGACCACCACUACAACAACCACACACAACCACAAGCAGAACUCCGAGCCAGCGAGAUGGUUGGUCGAACGAGGACACCUCGCAGGAAGAAGGAUGCCAAUGUGACAGCCACUGAACAAAGAACAAGAGUUUCACAUUCUCUGAGAGCGAUCAGCAGUAAUGAUGGGCCAGAAAUAAACAUGAAUGGUGGUAUUGGAGGUCUUGCCGAAAGUGUCAAGAACAGUGUUCUUGGUUUCCUCACACCGACCAAAGAGAAAAAUCUUCCAGCUAUUGUUGAAUCGUCAGAAUCAGGAUUUGAAGAAGGGAAUUCAACUGGUAAAGGAGAGAGAGUAGACGUGUCGUCACCUGCCGAGAGGUUUACGUCCGCUAGUGAAUUCUUUGCUGGAAUAGACUCGAGGGACCGUCUAACAAGUGACUAUUUUAGUGGAGCUGAUACUCCUUCCAAGCUCAGGGCGAGCACAAGACGACUCUCAAAUCGGAAACCCUACAAUCAGUAUAUUGCGUACUCAUCUGAUGAAGAACUGGACGAGUGGCAACAGCAGCCUAAAUCAAAUUACACCUAUAGCGAGUCGCUCACAUACCGUGAUCGAGUGACACCUGACCGGAAAAUCGGGUCCCCCAAUAUGUCCCGUCGAGGUCUGAGGGGUGGGGAUUUAGGGUAUCAUCAGUCCCCAGAGUUCUCCUCAACACAUGAUAUGUCCCACGAGACUGACAGAAGUCACCUUAACCUCAGGACAAGAACUGUACUCCGAUCAAUGGACGCCCUCUCGGAUACUAGCGAUGGCGAAGUAGAGGAGGAAGUCGUACGCACCAGACGACCGAGAUCCAGCAGAAGCCAAAGUAUUGAUGUCGUGCCUAAGGUCAAUGGUUCAACUGUUACUAGAACUGUUACCUCUUCUUCAUUUACAACUACCAGAACGCUGCACCGGGGGUUAGACACAGAAAGUGACGGUGAUGGUGUAGAAUCUACUGUACUUCUGCGUGCCACACCACUAACGGCAAGAAGUGGUACUCCUUUGGGUCGUUCAGCCACCCCCAUCAAUAGAUCUCGUUCAAAAUCAACUUUGUUACUUGAAACGUCUAAAGGAUACACACUAGCCAAAGGAGCCAUUGCAGAAGAUUUGGAAGAGGAAGAAAGACCUGAAAGUACAGUAAUGGUUUGGACCAAGAAUACAUGGCAGACCAUAACAAGAAUUUGUACAAUAAUCACCACAUCUAUCAUCAUGAUGGCUACUAGAGCACUAACUACUGCUACUGCUGCUGACACUGGUGUGUCGUCAACUUCAGAAACGUCCUCAAAAUAUUCAAUUUUCUCUACUAUGAACACCUCCAGACGGAAAGUGAUGACAGUAACAACAGAAUUAUUUGAAUCGUCAAGGAACCGUUUGAGGAAAAAUCCAAUUUUACUUUGGAUUCCGCUUCUUUUUAUACUCCUACUGUUGGCUCUUGUUGCUUACUGGUGGCUGUCGCAGUCUCGUGCCAAGACAGGUGAUACUACUCACCCCACAGAAACUGAUGGACCCUCUUUCUUGCCUUUAAUUUUGACCUCUGCAUCUGACCUCACAUUCUGGGUGACCUCAAACAUAUCCCAUAGCUUUACUUAUAUUCAGGAAUGUACACUAGGCAUAGUGUCGUGGUUAGCAUCUGCUUGCUACACAGGUCUUCUAUCAGUGUGGACCUUAAUUGUGGGCAUGUUUUCAUGGCUUGGAUCUGCUGUACAAAUCUGCUUAGAAUACAUUUUGCAGUUUCUUUACUUAAUACUGGAAUACCUUUACUAUCUAGUCUUGGCAAUCUUGAGUUUAUUUUCUUCAUCUGUAUCUUAUGUGACUGGCCUCUUUCUGCCUUUUAUUGGCACUAAUCAGAGUUCUGAGGAUUUGAAAACGGUAAAUACAGAAAAUCUGUCGUGGAAUAGUUGGGCUUCAAGUUUCUCUCCAAUGGAAUGGAUGUCGGAAAAGUAUGCGAGCACCACAGAUGUAAUCCAGGCAUCAAAAAGUUGGCUCUGGACUGGAUGGCUGUGGCUAGUGAUGAGUAUUUCUGAAGGCCUUGGCGUUGCUGCAUCAUUCGUCCUCUGGCUCCUGAGCUCAAUCUGGUCACUAGUGUGGUACCUAAUAUCUGGAUUCUGGACUUCACUGAUGUAUGUUGGUAUUAGUACCAUUGGUUUCAUAACUUCUGCUGCAACCACAGUGUCAUCUGUAGCAGUGGAAACAUCCUCUUCAGUCAUCAGUAAUACCAAAGUGCUUGUAUCACCAUUCUUCCAAUCAUCAGAGCCUACAGGAAAAGUAUUAAAGGAUGCUACAGUAUUACCGCAGCCAUCCGCAGAUACUGAGCAGAACAUGCAUACUAGUGGUGUAUCAGUUGAAGAAGUUGUUAGCAAAGUAUUGAACAGUGAAGAAUUGAAGGUCCUCAUUGCUACUGCAACAUCUGGAAGUUCUAAUAAGGAUCAUUUAACAGUUGAGGAUGUUUCUAACAUUGUAAAAUCAGUAAUGGAAAAAGAAAUGGGUACAAUAAAGACCGAGACAACAUCUUUAUGGAAUGAAAUUAAACUGCAAAGCUCAACAUCUCAAGAGACUAGCAGUUACAUGCAGACUCUGAAGCAACAGCACGAACACCUUUUAAAACAACUAGAUUUGCUGGGUGCUGGCUUGGUUAAAAUCGAGGGAUCAUCCGAGGUGGAUCGCAAGCAGUUGGAGGCCAACCAACGAGAGUACAAGGAGCAGCUGGCUAAUCUUAGAAAAAAGAUUGAGCAGCUCAGUAGUGAACUUUCUGACUUGCAGAAUGACCACACCAGUUUAGCUACAGAAGUCAAAAGCUGUUGUAAAAAUACCAGUGUUAGCCUGGCUGAUGUUGAGAAACAUGUGACUACUCUCCUAGGUGAUAUAUUGGGUCUACCUGAUUUAUCUUCAAACCAUACACCAGGAGGUAAUACUGGAGCUCGAAUGUCAUGGAGUGCCAAAGACAUGGGGGCUUGGCUGAAAAGUUACUUCGUUGCCAAAGAAGAACUGGAAACAAGACUCAAUGCUUUGAUGGCAACAAUGCAAGCAAAGAAUAUUCUAGAAGGUGAAGAGAAAGAGGCAUCAAUGAUAGCUACUCAGGCAACUGUUGCACAGACAUCUCAACUUGUAAUGGAAACCAUUUUAGAGAAACUACGUGCAGAGAUCCAUCUACAGCAUACGCAGUUUUCAGAAUUAUCAAAGGAGCAGGUGGCUGAGCAAGUGAAUCUAAAAGUAGAUGCAGCAGCUGCUGUGUUGGGGCAGCAAGUGUCAGAACAGAUACAGGAUACACUUCAUACAACCAAACAGCAAUUGCAUGAAAGUGUUAAUGCUGCUGUUAAAGAAGCUGUACCAGAAUUCAUUGCUUCAGCUGUUCCUAAAGCUGUGGCAUCUGCUGUAACUGACUCAGUUACUGCAGCAGUUCCUGAUGCUGUUGAAAGAACAGUAGCAGGUGCUGUGAGUGUAGCUGUGGAAGGUGCUGUAAACACAGCUGUUGAUAGAGCAGUUGCUGCUGCUGUGUCUGAUGCUGUUCCUGAUGCAGUCAAAGCAGCUGUAUCAGAAGCUGUACCCCAGGCUGUUGAAAGUGCAGUACCCAAAGCUAUUACGAAGGCCUUGCCAAAUGCAGUGAAUGAUGCAGUUCAUGAGGCUGUAAGUGCAGAAGUUCAAGGUGUUGUUGCAGUUGCCGUGCCAGAGGUGGUUGCAUCAGUUUUGCCAGCUGCCAUUUCCACUGCAGUGAACGAGACUGUGUCAUCAGUUGUUGCAGACGCUGUAAUGGAACUGAGAACAAAUAUGGCAGGUGAACAGUAUGCAAAGGUGAGAGGAACUGGUGAGGAAAGAGUAGCCUUCCUAGCAGGGGCCUCAUCAGGAGCUUCAUCAGUUUCCACCAGUUCUGAGGAUGCUACAUUUUCUGCAACCGUAAAUAUCUCUAAAAAUAACAGCGCAAAUUUUUCCUUCAUUCCUGCGGGAAUGCCUUUUGCUGCUGGACUGAAUGAAUCUGCUGUGAUUCAGAUUGUGAAAGAUGCUCUAUUAAAAUAUGAUGCAGAUAAAACUGGUAUGGUGGAUCACGCUUUGGAAAGUGCUGGAGGAAACGUAAUUUCUACUCGCUGCACCGAAAGUUACCAGGUCCAUCAAGCACAAGUGAGAAUUUUGGGUAUUCCAGUUUAUCACUAUUCUACAAACAACCCUCGAUCUAUUAUUCAACCUGACCGAAUGCCAGGCCAGUGCUGGGCUUUUAAGGGAUCUCAAGGUUAUAUUGUAAUUCAGUUGGCUGGCCUCGUGAAACCAACAGCCUUCAGCCUUGAACAUAUCCCAAAAUCUCUCUCGCCAAAUGGUGAAAUUGAGUCAGCCCCUCGAGAGUUUGAAGUAUGGGGUCUCUUUACUGAGAAUGAUGAAGGUGUUCAUUUAGGAAGUUAUGAAUAUGACCAAAAUGGAGAACCCCUUCAGUCUUUCAUUGUGAAGAAAGAAAAUAAUGAAUACUUUCCCCUUAUUGAGUUGAAAAUAAAUAGUAACCAUGGUAAUAUGCACUACACUUGCCUGUACAGAUUUAGAGUACAUGGUGUGCGGCAUUUGUAAAAUCACAAGAUUUGUGAUCUCAGGCAUUACUUAUGAAGAAGUGAUAAUACUCCCAAGUGCUAUUAAGUUUUAGUGACUGGUGGCCUUACAUUCUUGUAUCUUGAGUGUUGGCUAGUGGUAUUCUUCCUAAAAACAUUAACUUUUUUUUUUUGAAAAACAAAAAAGGUUUUUAUUUUGUGUUUUAGGAUAUUAGAUGCAAUUUCUAUGUCCACUUGUAUCUUCGUAUAAUUGUCGAUAAUGCAAGUCCAGAAUCGAGUGAGGAAAGAUGCAGAUAAAAGUACUGUAUUUUAAUGUGUGCAUGUAUCAUGUACUGUAUGUUCAUUUUAUGGAAUAUGAUCAUGUGUGAUCUUCAAAUUUUGUGAUAUUGUAAGGCUAAAUGUAGAGAAUACACUUGACAAGAGUACCUGCUGUUGUAAUUCAGAGGAUAUUGUUCCUGAAAUUAGUAUGACUGGUUUUCUUGAUUAAAUACUUUUCAAUAUGAGACAAGCAUUUGGAUCAAUUGAUUCUAUAAAUGCAGAAAGUUUUCCUUAAUUUUAUUAAGCAAAUUGUCCUACAUAAAACAAUCCAUAGAGCUUAUAUUUUUAUUAGGCGAUGGUAAUUCCAUAAGAUUUUGACCUCGUGUCAAAGCUGAUAUUACUUCAGCUCAAGAAAUUUAAUUACACAAUUCUAAGCUCUUUUCAUAAUUUUAACUUUUACCGAACAGCUUUUGUAAAGUUUGGUGUGCAUUUGCAAUAAGAUUUAAUUACAACAGAUCGAUACAUAUAUAUUUAUAUAUAUUUUUAUUUAAAUAGAAACGAGUAGUGGUGCUUUAUAAAGCCUUCUGAAUAAUUCAAUAAACUUUCAAUAGUUUUUUUUAUUGCUAGAGGUUCAAAUUCAUUUUUUGUGAAAGUUUUUUUUAUAUAUAUAUAUAUAUACUGUACAUUAUAGUAAAGAUGAGUAAAAGUGUAAUUCAUAAUUUCAUUGGAGGUUGUUCCCUGGGUUGUCAAACUAUAUUUUCAUGUUGCCAAAGGUUGCUUGUAAUUGUGGCAUUUGCACGUCACACAAUACUUGCCUGUCUUAGAGGCUUAGAUAUAAUUAGCCAUUCACAUUCUCGUCUAGUUAAAUUAUUGAAACCCAAAGAUUUGUAGAUUAGCCAAAUUAUUUUAAUUUUUUUUUUUUUUUUUUAAACAAGGUACAAAGAGGAUUAGCAUUGGUAUAUGUGUGUGUGUGUGUGUGUGUAGAUGUAUGUACUUAUUAUGUACAGACCUUGAACAUAACUUUAUAUAAAUAACUUUUGUACAUUUUUUUGGAAACGCAUGACAAGAUGUAUUUGACUGAGGAAAUAGUUGUUUGCACAUAAUUGGCUGUAGCCAGACCUAUCUAUUUCUUUCAUGCUUUCAGGGUAUGAUUAUUUGCUAGUCUUCAUUCUUUAUCAGCCAGAAGAAACUAAUAAACAAUAACCCUUA